AUGGCUCCCCCUAAGGUCUUCCUGUGGGCACAUCCUGACUGGCAAUACUCCCUCUUAGUUCGAAGCAAGGAUAAGGCAGCCCAGGUCACUAGUAAAUACCCCAAUGUGAGAAUCGUCCUUGGAGAUCUCGACUCGUCCAAUAUUAUUGAGGAAGAGGUUAAGAACGCCGACAUCGUACUCCAUUGUGCCGACUGUGAUCAUGUAGCAUCAGCCGAGGCAAUCGCAAAGGGUGCCGCCCACCACACGCCCGAGAAUCCAGUCUGGGUGAUCCACACCUCUGGCACUGGCAUUCUGACCGUUGAGGAUUUCCGCACCAACACCUGGGGCUUCUACCGUUCUAAGGAGCACAACGACUGGGAAGGCGUUGACGAACUCCUUAACCUCCCUGAUGACUCUUUCCACCGCAACGUUGACAAGAUCAUCAUCGAGGCUAGCCAGCGGAACCCUGAAAGUGUGAAGACGGCCAUCGUCUGCCCUCCUACUAUUUACGGCCCUGGCCGUGGACCUGGUAACCAGAAGAGCGUUCAGGCAUACUGGCUCGCCGCCGCUGUGUUGAAGAGAAAGAAGGGAUUCUUGGUGGGUGAAGGAAAGAACAUUUGGCAUCAGGUCCACGUCCAGGACCUCAGUGACGUAUAUGGUGCUUUGGCAGACGCUGCCGCCGCUGGUGGUGGAAAGGCAACAUGGAACGAUAAGGGCUACUAUCUGGCCGAGAACGGACAAUUUGUCUGGGGCGAUAUCCAGCGUGAAGUGGCUAGAGUCGCCUAUGAGAAGAAGUUGAUUCCAUCUCCUGAUGUUGAAUCACUGCCAGAUGCGCAGGUCUCGGAGCUGAAUGAGUUUGGGCUGUAUGCUUGGGGAAGCAGCUCUAGAGGCCAUGCGCUUCGUGCCAGGAAGUUGUUUGGGUGGUCCCCGAGCAAGCCUAGUCUGAAGGAGCUUAUUCCUGAGAUCGUGGACCUUGAGGCUAAGAACUUGGGUUUGCUGUAA